AUGCUGGGCUCGGCACCUGCAACUUGCCUAUACAUGACAUCAUACGAAGUUUCAAAGGACGCGCUGAUAAAUGUCGAGAGCUUUCGUCAAAACGCAUCAUUUCUCUAUCUAGGGGCAGGAAUGGUGGCCGAAGCUGUGAGUUGUGUGCUCUGGGUACCCAUUGACGUCAUAAAGGAGCGUAUGCAGGUACAAGGACAGCCCUCAGGCGAGUCAAAAACUACAUCAAAAAUUUACUAUCGCAAUACACUUGAUGCCGUGAGGACAAUUGCACGUACGGAACGUCUAGCCGGCUUGUACAAAGGUUACGGUGCUACUCUGCUUUCUUUCGGACCCUUUUCAGCGCUCUAUUUCAUGUUUUACGAGCAAAUAAAAACAUGUGCUCGAAAGCAACUCAAUGAGGAGGAUCUGCCAGCUCAGUACACGCUUACGAGUGCGGCUAUCGCUGGUGCUGUUGCAUCGUUUCUCACUAAUCCACUCGAUCUUAUCAAGUUGCGUCUACAGGUAUUGUCUAAGUUUGUUUGCAGCACAAAAGCGUGUAUUUCCUAUGAGUUACGAUAG